AUGUGUGUGGUGGAAGGAAAUGGGAAUCGAGUCGUUUGGCAUGAUUGGCAUAAUCGAGCUUAUUCGAUUCAUCUUGAUGAAUCUGAAGAUAAAUUAACGGGAAUUGUGCUAAAUAUUCAUGUGAAAAGGAACGGUGGGUUUUGGAGGAGCAGACAUUGGGUUUCCCUAAGAAGGAUUAACGGGGUUUGGUGUAACUUGGAUAGUGACUUUGAAUCUCGUUACUUGUUUGGAAGUAUCGAAGAAUUAAAAGAUUUUUUGGAUGGUGCCAUUGAUGGUGGUACUGAGUUCGCCUAUGCGACCAAUGGUGCCGCCAACGAUUACGACGACCGAGUGACCACAGCGGACGAGCUAGAAGAGGACGAUGAUUCAGAUGAAGUUGCCGAGGUGGAGAUGUUAUAA